AUGCUGUCUCAGCGAAUCUUGACCCGGCGCCUGCCCCAGCUGGCUGCCCGCACGACUGUCCCCCGCGCUCCUUUUUCGCAAGGCCGGAGCCUCAGUGCUUCUGCUGAGCUCGAUGACCCUUUGCAGAAUGGCAACUACCAGAACCCUCCCCGUGUGAAGCGUCAAUUCAGAGAUCCCUAUGGCGGCUGGUGGGAUCAGCAGGAGCGUCGGAACUUUGGCGAACCCGUUCACGAGGAGAACGAAAUCCUUGGUAUUUUCAGUCCCGAGGAGUACACCCACGUCACCCCCCGCAAGGGUCUGUUCCAGAUCGGAUGCUUCGUCGCAGCUGUCUUCGGUUUGAGUGCCGUUGUAGCCCAGUUCUACCCAGACAAGCCUAGUGUCCCCCGGACAUUUCCUGAUGGCUUGGAGAAGGAGCUUGGAGGCGCACACGCUGCUCCGGCGCGCAAGCCCGGCCAGGAGUCCUGGUAA